UACCAGUUACGUACUGUUUAUGUGGCCGUUCUUACGAUUUCGAACAAUUUAUGAUACAAUGUGACGUCUGCAAAGAGUGGUAUCAUGGAGGUUUUUACAGGAAAAGGGCUAGGUGUUGUUGAUACUAACAUAACCUAUUUAAAAGGACAAAUAUUUACGUUUGUUCUUUCGAUGUUUAAGCGAAUCACAUGAUAAAACGUAGCUAUUUAAAUGAUGUGUAUCUGUAAAGGAGUACAUGUCCAUAGAUCUCGACAAAUAUCAUUGUCCACGUUGUGAAGCCAUGUGUGGACCAUCGCUCAUGAAAGUAAGGUUAAAUUGGCAUAGACAUGACUAUUCUGAAGCGGAUGCAGAUACAAAACCAGUUCAAACUGGUACACCGGUAUUCAUAAGAGAAUUAAAGUCCAGACAUUUUCCGAAAGCGGAUGAAAUUGUUAAACAUGUCAGAGGACAACAAUUGACUCUUCAAUAUUUACAAACAAAUGGUUUUGAAACUCCUAUUAUAAUCGAUGGAAAAGAUGGACUGGACAUGACUGUACCACCCCCAAAUUUUAGCGUUUACGAUGUAGAAAGUUACAUAGGUGGAGAUCGAGACAUGGAUGUAAUCGAUGUUACAAGACAAAGUAAUAUAAGAAUGAAAUUAAGAGACUUUGUUGAAUAUUACAAUUCCCCUUGCAGGACAAGGGUUCUUAAUGUGAUUAGUCUUGAAUUUACAAAUACCGGUCUUUCACCAAUGGUCGAAGCACCAUACAUCGCGCGUAAACUCGACUGGGUUAAUUCUGUUUGGCCGCGCGAUUGGUCCGAGGAUAGUGACAUAAAACGUCCUGAAGUACAAAAAUAUUGCCUAAUGGGGGUCAAAGACAGUUUCACAGAUUUCCAUGUCGAUUUUGGUGGCACAUCUGUGUGGUAUCACGUACUACGGGGAGAAAAAGUGUUUUAUUUAAUCAGGCCGACACCUGCAAAUUUGCAGUUGUACCAGCACUGGAUGUGCAGUUCGACGCAGAGCGAAACAUUUUUUGGAGAUCAAGCAGACGCGUGUUACAAAUGCGUUAUAAAACAAGGUCAGACCAUGAUGAUCCCAACAGGAUGGAUACACGCUGUAUUAACUCCGAUCGAUUCUUUGGUUUUCGGUGGAAAUUUUGUACAUAGUCUUAACAUUCCAAUGCAAAUACAAAUAUACGAAUUAGAGAAAAAAAUGAAGACUCCUGCCAAAUUUCAGUAUCCUGGUUUUGAGACCAUCAAUUGGUUUGCAGCCAAAAAAUUGUUGAAAGAAUUGAAAGAAUUAAAUAACGAGGGGAAGAAGUGUCCGACGUAUUUAUUACAGGGCGUUAAAGCGUUACUCAGUAUUCUCAAACAAUGGAACACAGACAAAGAUUAUAAUAUGAUCAGCAGGGGUCAAAUACCGGAAACUAUAAAUAGUCAAAAAUUGUUAAAAGAUUUUAGUAAAGAAAUUCGACACGCUGAACGAUACUUGAUAUCCUUGAAUCCUCCGAAGCCGGAAAGAGAAAGUAAACGUAAGAAAAAGAAACCGUUCAAUAAGGAUUUCGUAGAUUACGACGUUGCUGACAGAAUGGCUAAUAAUCCUUUUAAAGCGACGUUAAAGGAAACGAACAAAGUGGAACCAACGAUAAGUGAAUCACCGUCGUCCGGUAGACCGCCGCUUAAAUUAACUUUACCGAAACCUAUCAUGUAUCCUUAUGUUAAAAAUCAGAAUUCAAUGUCGGAAGAGAAAAAUGCUACUCCUGGUAGCAAGCGAUCGUCGAAACCGGGGAAACAGAGUCCAACUGUAAUAAGAUUUAAGCUUGGUAAUAACGAAGUCGUGAGGAGUACACAUGACAAUGUAAAUGUAUACAAGAGUUUAGCUUCGGAUCGUCCUCUUGGAAAAUCGAAAGAAUUAACAUGGAAGCAGACCUCUAUUUACGAUUUCCACGAUGGUAGUAACGAAAGCGAUUACGGUCGGUUUACGAUCGAUGAAUCGCCUAAACGAAAGAAAGCGCCGAAAAGUAAUGCCCAGAAACGAUUAAAACGCGAUUACGAUGGGGACGUCGACGUUUUAACAGACGCGCCCAAAAAUGGUAUCGAGGAAUUGUUGAAAGCCUCGGCUUAUACCUUAGGAAACAAUGCCCAGAGAUUAGAUGUAACGACUUCAGUGAUUCCACAAUACAAUCAACCAAUGCCACCUCCCAGUGGUUCUGGCAGGGCAUCCCCAUCAACGCGGGAAGCGAUCGCUGGGAUGUUAUCGUUCAGUGAGCAAUGCUAUUCAACCACGUCGAAUAAUACUUCGAAAUCGACAAAAACUGCUAAAACUCAACGCGAUGAUGACGACGACGAUCAGUCGAUAGAAAAUAUUGAUAAAGUCCAUCAGGACGAUGAUUUCAUUUAUCCAGCUUUAGACGCUUCAGACGACGAGGAUUAUAUUUUUAAGCCCAAAGCGAAAAGUCAGAUAGACGAAGCAUGGAAUCCAAAGGCCAGGGUGGGUCCUCUCUUGCCAAAAACGAAUCGUCCGGCUCGAGAAGGCGUAAAGAAAACAUCCGUUGAGAAAGGAUUGGAAGCAGCGGCAGCAAAACGCGCGAAGCAAUCGGACGAUUAUCUGGAUAACAACAUGGAUAAGGGAUCCAAAAAGAAAUUGAAUACAACUAAACGGACAUACAAUAAAAAGAAGCCGAAAAAUUCAUCCGUAACAUCGGCAAGUAGUGCAUCGACCGCGUCUUCGGAAAAUACCACAAAAACGAGCGUUGGUUUCGGUUCGAUACUAACCAGCCCUAAUAGGCUUAAAGACGUUAAAGCAAAACUAGCAGCUCCAAUUCCAGUUGAACGAAAACCAAAGAAAGGAAUGAAAACGGCUAAGCAACGCUUAGGAAAAAUUUUAAAACUUCAUAAAAUGAUGCAUUAAACGUAGGUAAAAGAUAUACAGCGAAAUAAACUAAACAUCACAUCAUUUUUUUUUUUCAUUUGUGUACAAAAAUCACGCACGCAAUUUGGUGUACAUUGCUAUGUAAAUAUAUUCUACUCGUUAAGAUAGUAUAUCUAUCUUAAGAAUCUAGGUUUUAUAAUUAUGAUCAUUUUGUAACGAAAUAUUUAUAUUUAUUAUCAUAUUAUUUAAUUUUAAGGCAAUAUACAAUAUGUUUUGAUACUUGACUACUUCAGUAAGGCAUUGUUGAGAUCGCGGUCACUUACCGAGGUUUUUCCUAAUUGUACAACUUAAUUCUGAACAUUUAUUUGAUACGAGCUCGAAAGAAAAUUUUGUCAAUCUAUGAAUGUAAAGAGGCUGUAGUAUAUUAAAUCUUUUUCAAAUUAGGUAUUUAAUGGUUGUAAUAAAUUUCGUACAUCAAAAAUAAUCGUAUAACGAUUAGUCGAAAGAACUAAUUCAAAUUUUUAUCUGAUCGUGGAUUAUUUAUUAUACUUGGUAUUCGUACUAACGUAUAGUGAGAUUAAAUUGAUUUUACAUUAACAAUAAACUUUUUCCCGACUAAGUUGUCUUAUUUAAAGAAAAAUAAGACUGCAAUAUAUUUUAUAAUAUGACUUCUAUUUUUGUCAAUAAGAACAUUUAUUUAAUUUUUUUUGUUUGUUUUUAAUAUACUUUUUUUAUCAUUCUAAUUAGCCAGAUAGAUCAGUAAGUAAUACGACACCUUGUAUAUAUGAUGUCUUAUAUUGUGACCUUACAUUGUACAUACAUACAUACAUAUAGACAUGCAUAUUAAAGCAUUAACUUUCUGUCUCAUAAAAAUUUGUCAAUAAUACAACCAGCAAAUUAUAUCAGUGAUCAAUUGAUACACUUGUUAAUUGUAAAAUGUUACAACGGAAGUAAUAUACAUCGAUGAUAUGCAAAAGAUAAUACGUUAAAAGCAGCGUAUUGAUAUUGUUAACUUUUUUUUAAUAAAUUCGAUUUUUAUCGACA